AUGCGACACAUUUUUUGUGUAGCACCAGCAGAAAAAAAUAAAUUGAGUUCAUUAUUGACUGAUAAAACAAUUGAAGCAUUAGCCUUUCUUCAUUUAUUUCCAGAUGGGCGAAGCCCAUAUGAUGAAGAACGUGAAAUAAGUCUGAAAUGGAAAGAAUAUUGUAAAGCACGUUUAUGUUCACCAGAUUUUCGUGAAUUUGCAAUUAAGGAAUCAUAUGCAUUUGAACAAAAAGCAAAACUAUUACGAGCAAAUCCUGUUCUAGCUGCUCGUUUAUUUGAAAGACGAUUUACUUCUUUGAUGAAUUUAUUUGUGACAGGUGGAGCAUGCUGUCUAGGAAAUGUAAAAGAUUGGUUUGCUCGUAUAGAACUGCAAUUACGAGGCUCACCACAUUCAUAUAUGCCAACUUGGGUGGAAGGUGCCCCUAAAUACUAUGGACCCUAA